AAUUAUUGGAAAAUUUCAUUAACUUUUUGCGCAAAGCCUUCAAUCUAUUUGAUAUCUUUUAGCUCAUAGUCCAAUCGGUGCUGUGCUGCCCAUUUCUCUGUAAAAAUACAAUUUUGUUCUGAACUCUGCAGAGCUUGCCAUCAAUGGCGAAGAAGCAAGUGCCAGCAGAUAGAACCAGAAAUCAGAAAACCCCCAAAACCAAAGAAAAAAAUCCGGCGCCCCUCGCCGCAAAUAGCAAAAAUAAAAGCAGAAACAAGGGGUCAAAAGCAGCCGCCGGCGAUGGAAACGUGGUCCUUGCGGUGCCGUCUCCGAGAAAGGGACUUGAAAACAACGCCGUCGCUGAAUUCUGCGAGGCGGCGGAGGACCGAGUGGGCGAUAAGGAAGAGAAGAAGAAACCCAAAGGCAAAGGAGAACAGAAGAAGAAGCCAAAAAGCAAAAGCGGCAAGGAAACGAGUGGAGAAGAGGAGGCGAAGAGUAAAGGGAAAAAGAGGAGUAAAAAGGAGGAAGACGACGUUGAAUCGGACGUGGAGGAGAAGAGCGAUAACGCGCUUUACAGGUUUCCGAUGAAUCGGGUCAGCAGAAUUAUCAGGAGCGAAAAUCAGGACUAUCGAAUUUCACAGGAAGCUGUUUUCCUCAUCAAUAAAGCCUCGGAGAAGUUUCUUCAAGUGUUCUGCAAGGAGGCUUAUGCUUGCGCAUUUCUGGAAGACAAAAGAUAUACUGCUUACAACCAUCUGUGUACUUCCACUUAUUCCUAUUUCUCUGUUUGGUCAAUUUCAAUAUUUAGAGCAAUGAAUCAUUGGCAGAUUAUGAUUCAUUUUCUUCUGAAGUCUGCCUUAAGGACAACCUCUGCAGUUGCUAAACAAACGCGAUUUGGCUUUCUCUCAGAUUUUGUUCCAGAAAAGGUGAAGGCUGAGGAUGCAUUAGCUCAAGUACCAGCAGCUGAUAAAUGAUCUGGAUACAAUUUCCUCGAGUUGAGAGUACAAUCAGAUUUUACUCUUAUCUGGUGGCGAAAAUCGAAUGCAAAAUUUUGUAAGGUAAGGUACAUUUAAUUGAUCACUACAUCUCUUUCAUAUGGAAACUAAUUUUGAAGAAUAGCAAAUCUCCCACAGAGAAAUUAUCGAAGCUCGGUAGUGUUGUACAUUCUGUUUGCAGUAUGUUUUCAUUCGAGCAUAUAACUAUGAUUCGAUCUGAUGUCCCGACUGAAGUAGAUAGCAAUACGACAUUUUACGCUACUUUUUUUUUUCGUGAAUUUCAAUCAGAAAUCAUUUAUUUUCAGGUGAUGAACAAUAUGUAUUUGAUUCACAUCUGAUUGAGCCAAUAUUUGUAAUUUUCCAAUUUUUCUUGUCUUGUUGUGUGAUAUGCCGGAGAACACAACUGUUUUUGUUAGGCUGCUUAACCUUUACGUUCGUAAAAAAAAAAAUGCAUACUUAUAGUAUGAAAUGUCA